AAUGCACUCGACUCAGUUUGGAGUUGGCCAGAAAUCAAGUCGGUUGUCGCCUGGCCAGCAAAGUAGCCAGCAACGGUGACAAAGCCAAAGAUUUUGCUUAAUUAAAUACUAAGCGCGCUUACAAAAACAUAGCAGAGUGUUUACAUAUAUAUUUAAGUGUUUGUGUGUAUAUAAGUUAAUGUGUUUCUUAAAUACAUAUAUACUACAAAUGUGAGUGCUUACAGUUAUAACAGUAAAUACUGAAGAUGGAUGCUGGCAUAAUGUUUUGCUUUGAACUGCGCUCAACAUUAUUAAUUAAAAAUUUUGAAAAAUAUUUAUGAUAAUGUGGUCUAGAGAAAUAAUAACACAACCAAUGUGGGUUUACAUGUGACGCGCUGCGGUCACUGGCAGUGCUGAAGUCAGCAUCAGACUCGCACGCAGGGUCAUAGUAUAUGUGCAUAUAUGUAUUUGUGGAUUUGCGCUUUGUUUUGUUAACUGUGCUUUAGCGCCUAAGCUUAUGCUACGGCAGCUUGUUUUAUGGCCGACCGUGUGUUUGUAUGCGUAACGUGAAGUGUUGCUGUUAUGCAUAAUUUAUAUUCAUUCACAUGUAACAAUGUAAGCUUUGUAUGUUUACAGCCUCGUCUCGUGAAUUUUUGUGCGGACCUGGAAAAUUUGAAAUGUGAAUUUUAUGCUCUCCAGCGGGAAUCGUUAAAUGAUGAGAGUGGUGUGCACUCAUGAAUGAAUACAAUACUAUUUUUGUAACAGUACAACAAACACAUACAAAUCUAGUCCUCCAUCUGGUGCAGUUCACUAAUGGCGUUAUUGUUGUUGGCAUAGAAGACUAGUCGUUAAAUAUUUAUUAAUAUUAAUAUAAUGGUGUAGUGCAAUAUACAAAUUGCAUUCAGUAGUUUUAGUAAAUGCUUGUGUGGCUUACAAAUUACAUAAAUUACCGCUUGCAAACACUUAAUUCCCGGUUCAAAUAGUACCGUAUACAUAAUCAUAUAGUAUUAGUGGUUAAUUUAAGGCAACAAAUCAAAAGCGCGCACAAUAUACUUAUCGAUUAGCAAUAUGAAGUACUUGGCUUAAGGCGAACUUAGUUGUAGAUCAAUCGCACGAUUUCCGUUCAAAUAAUCGUGACAUUAAUUACUACAAAAUUAUAAUGUUGAUAAAGCAUAACGGCAAACAUUACGAAAAGCAAUAAACUACAAGGGAUAAUUUAAUGCUUGGAAAACUCAUGUGAUGAAUUUUGACAGACAAAAACACCAAAAAUAUGAAACACAUUAUAAUAUUAUAAAUAUUUACCCGCGAUACUUACCUGCUAAGUUUGAAAGAAUCAUUAACCACAAGUAGAAAUUAUUAGAUAUUGAGAAAAUAUAUUUCACCGAAACAAAUAAUUUAAGUGAAGUCAAUAUGUCGCUAACGGUAAAAAUUUUGCAAUUCCAAUUGCCAAAGGCAAAAUCAAAUUUAAUCGCACGCAUCGAAUUUCGAGGUGUUGCUCAUAUAACUUCGGAGUUGAAUUCAGACUCAAACAUUAUAGAUGUUAACCAGUCUUUUAUUUGGCCGCUGGCUCGACCGGCCACAGAUGAAGAGCCACUCAUCGUCGAGUUGCGCACACAAACCACAAAGACGCUACUACGCACCGGACUCAGUCAUGCCUCUGGCGGUUUCAUGGGUGGCGGUGGGAAUAGCAGUAGCGGUGGCGGCAGCAUGAGUGGCAUCAUCAGCAGCAGCAGCAAAUGUGUUGGCCAAUAUAUUGUGUUGAUGCAAGGUUUAAUCAGCGCUGGAUACAUACAUAUUGAGGACCAAUUGGUGGAUUUAUCCUCUAAUAAACCAAUACAGGCACUUGUUGUAUUCGAAGCGAGAUACACAUCGCCCGACGAUGCUGCUGGCAAUUUUGAGCCGACCAAUCUGGUGCGACCCAUACAGGAGCAGCACAACAUUAGCUGCAGCAGCCAAAGUUUGGACGAUGAUCAACAGAUGCUUCUCGACAUCGAGCAGAACAUAGCUAAUCUGGAGCGUAGUCUGAAUCGAGAAUCGGGUGGCCAUGCCACAAGUGGCGCCGGCACUGCCUCCAGCGGCAGCGAAUCGCAUGGCACACAAAAGAAGCGGCAUCUGUUGCGACGUGUUAUGACCGCCGCCCAACACAGCACCACAAGCGUCACCACAAACCGUCAAAGAAUCGAAUUGAAAUUCGAUAAAUUCGGCAAAUCACCCACAACCGGACGCAGUGGCAGUGUCACCACACUGCUCAACAACACGCCCAACUCAAAUGCCCAGCCCCACACAAGCACCGGCCAUGCAACGACCGACAGCAAAAGCGCUAGCGCACUGGCCGCUGCUAUGCGCGCCACCGAAAGUCCACCGUGCAAGGAGAAGAAGCUAUCAAUGCGCGCCGUGCGAAACAUUAUGCGUCUGGGUCGCAACAGACAGACGUCGCAGUCGCGGGACAGCAGCACUGAAGACGAGGGCAGAUCACCGUUAAUUUUCGAACCGGAUGCGCCCACUGCAGCCACUUCAGCUACCGAAGCUGAAACUGAUGAUGCGUUGCACACGCGUCGACUCACCGUCAGAGACCGUGGUGGAGAGGGUGUGACUACCCACGCAACAGGCGCUGACAGUGGCCAAUCAAAUCAAUCAAGUGAUGUUGAGGAGCUACAACAACAGCAGCACUAUGAUAAAGGCAAAAUGAUCAAAGCAAUGACACACGCUUCCGACCACCUCAAGUCGCAGGACUUUCAAGUUUGCAUCACAGUGAUUGAGGCACGUCAGCUGCCUGGCCUCAAUAUGGAUCCCGUUGUAUGCAUUCAAGUGGGUGAUCAAAAGAAAUACACCAGCGUCAAGGAGAGCACAAAUUGCCCCUAUUACAAUGAGUAUUUUGUAUUUGACUUUCACAUGCCGCCGGUGAUGCUCUUUGAUAAGAUUAUAACUUUGUCGGUUAUUCAAUCUCGGAAAUUUUUACGUUCGGGAACACUUGUGGGUUCCUUUAAGAUUGACUUGUCUACAGUUUAUGAUGCACCGGAUCAUCAAUUCUACCACAAAUGGGCAUUACUCACCGACCCCGAUGAUUUCUAUAGUGGUCCAAAAGGUUAUCUGAAAUGUGAUAUUGGUAUUAUUGGCAAAGGUGAUACCGUUAAGGUGCCUCAAAAAUCUGAGAAGGAUCCUGACGACAUCGAAGCUAAUCUACUGCUCCCAGUUGGCGUACCUAUUGAACGUCAACGUGCUAAGUUUAUUGUGAAAAUAUACCGCGCCGAUGGUUUGCCGCGCAUGAAUUCAUCGCUAAUGGCUAAUGUGAAGAAGGCUUUUACUGGCGAGUCGAAGGAUUUGGUGAGCCCUUAUGUACAAGUCUCCUUCGCUGGACUCAUGGGUAAGACUACAGUUAAGAAGAAUGCUUACGCACCUGUUUGGAAUGAACAACUGGUGUUCACCGAGAUGUUUCCCCCACUGUGUCAGCGCAUAAAGAUUCAACUGCGCGACGCUGAUCCAAUGAAACCGGCUAUAAUCGGCACACAUUACAUUGAUCUUAAGCAGAUUUCAAAUGACGGCGAUAGAGGAUUUCUACCCACCUUCGGGCCUUCGUUCAUACACCUGUACGGUUCUACGCGUGAUUAUACGCUGCUCGAUCAACACUCCAACUUGAAUACUGGCUUGGGUGAGGGUGUUAGUUAUCGCGCACGCUUGCUAAUCGCUAUACGUACUGAAAUAACGGACAACAUUGAAAUGACCACGGAGAAGAAUGUCGAACUAGAACCCGCAUAUCCGAUUUCAGAGUCCUCCUACUCACGCAAUGAAGAGUUCUUUCUCUUUGGGUCUAUUAUAGAGGCUUCCAUGCUGGAUAAGAAGGUUAGCGAUAAGACGGUCUUCUUCGAGCUUAGUAUGGGCAAUGCAGGUAACUCGUUAGACGGGCAUAAUGAAAGCUUCUCUACGGCCACAGAUGAGGGAGAGGAUGGCUGCAUACUGGAAACGGUCGAUACGACAUCUUUCAGCAGCGUCACGAAUGCAUGCAAGCCCAUCAGUCAUGAUAAAUCACAUUACUAUUUACCUUACUGGGACUACAAGCCAUGCAUGGAUGUGCGCUGUACACUACCAGAUCUAAGACGGCGUAUGUAUAAUAGUAAUAUGUUGUCGAAGAUGUCCGAGAAGUUGGAGGAGGGUUUGAGUAAGACAAAAAAGCUGAUAGAAGAUGAGGACGUUAAGGCAGAAGUUCGCUUACGCACCACACUUGAGGAUCUCGCCUCAGCUUGUACGCGAUAUCUAAGUAUAACCAAGGCAAAUUCCGUUGGACCGGGAAGUGGCAAAACAAAGCUAGACAAGGAACGCAUGAAACUAUGUCAGAAUGAAAUCGAAAAUCUGGGCAACUUGGCACGCAAUCUACGCGCACUGGUGACUCGUAGUUCGCUCAAAGAGCGCUUUAAAACCGCACAGACGUUCCAACAAAAGCUUAAAUUUCUUAUUGAUGACCCUCAACACUCGUUACCGGAUAUAUUCAUUUGGAUGAUCGCCAAUGGCAAGCGAUAUGCUUAUCAUCGCAUGUCUUCUCGCGAUUUAAUUUACUCGAAUAUCGAGGAGGAAAGUGGCGUGCAUUGUGCUAAAAUACAGACCAUCUUCUUGCGUCUACCCGGCAAACAGUCUCUUGGACCAGCCAGCUGGUUUAUACAGGCCAAACUUUCUAUUUACCUAUGGUUAGGUGUUGUAGGCCAUAAGGGACAUUUCUUCGAUGGUUUACCUAUCGGAUAUGAUCUAUCGCAUGAGUUACGUAAUGCGGAAAGACCUGGUGCUAUGGCACCGAAUAAUAUACAUUAUCUCGAGAAAUCUACAUUUCAGCUACGCGCACACAUUUACCAGGCACGUUCUCUAAUUGGUUCCGAUGCGUCUGGACUCAGCGACCCCUAUGCUACCGUGUACAUUACGGAAUUCGCUAAGACAACACAAGUCAUCGAGGAAACUUUAAGUCCUACUUGGGAUGAAUUAUUGGUUUUCGAUGAAAUUUUGGUUUUCGGCAGCAAAGAUGAGAUUAAGAAAGAUCCACCUACAAUCAUUAUCGAAAUUUACGAUCAAGAUAAAGUUGGCAAGUCGGAGUUCAUUGGACGUGCCAUAGCAAAACCACGUGUAAAACUACGUGAGAACGCCUACACUACACCAACGUUGGAAUGGUUUGACAUUAUCCGUGGGCAUGAGAACGCUGGUGAAUUAUUAGCUGCUUUCGAAAUGCUCGAGAUCGGGUCCACCGAUAUGCCGCGUCUCACAGAACCCAAACAACUUCCGUGUAGUCAACAGGAGAAGUUGAAGGAUAAAAAUACGCCACCGCCAUCAGGUACGAUUUUACCAGUGCCGAAAGAGGUGCGUCCACAUUUGGCGAAAUUCAAAUUAGAAGUUUUAUUCUGGGGCUUACGUGAUCUUAAGCGUGUACAUCUGAUGUCAGUUGACAAGCCCCGCAUUGAUGUUGAGUGUUCGGGAAAAAUUCUGAGUUCCAACAUCAUACAAAAUGCAAAGAAAAAUCCGAAUUUCCCAAGUAUGCUGAAAUCCAUUGAAUUAGAACUUCCUCUGGAGGAAACCUAUGCGCCGCCAAUAACUAUUCGUUGCGUGGACUGUCGAUCGUUUGGUCGAUAUACUUUGGUUGGCACCCAUCAAAUCACAUCAAUGCACCGUUACAUAUAUAAGCCCCCACCAAAGGAAGACAUCACAAAAUACAAAACUAUGGGUGGUCAAAUUAUACUUUCUGCGCCGCUGAAUGAAGAGGGAUUGAGUAACCUUGUUGAUGGUUUCAACAUGCAAGCGAUGAUUGCGGCAAAUGCACAUCAAGCGAAUAUGAAAGAUUUUUAUGGAAAUCGUCGUUCAUCAUGUGAUCAAUUUACGCUCUAUGGUGCCGCCUGCGUUACAAAAUUGGCCAAAAAGCAAGUAUCGAAGAAAAGAUCUGCACAAAUGAGUAAUGCAAAUGAGAUAAUUAUGGACCAGGACCAUGAUGAUCAGCUUAGUCGGGAUUGGUGGACUAAGUAUUUUUGGUCCUACGAACGACUUAUCGAUUUAACAAAAACAGAAAAAUCGCACACCUCCGAAAAAUUGCUUGCCCCACCAAUCAACGCCAACCCCACAAAUGUACAAAAGUUUGGUAUCAAGGGAGCCAAGUUGGUGCAAAAACUGAGCCCAAAAGGCAUGACGAGUAUAGCGCGUGACAAGCAUGAUCACAAUAGCGAAAAGGUAUCACCCAAUCCGCAAACCAAUAGGAACAAUAUGAACUCGACAGCUAUGUGUCAGAUCUACCCCAACGAACUAGAGGGCCAACUCGAAUACAAUUACUUCCGUGAAUGGCUGCACUCUUUUCCUCUUUACCGUGGUAAGAAGACCGGCGAUUCCACCGAGGACGACAAUCGCACAGUAGGGUUCUUCAAAGGCGCCAUAAAAGUGUAUAAACUACCGCCACCAAAAGGCACUGAAUUGCCUACACCCAAUUUACCCGCCAAUGAUCCACUUCAUGUACUCGUACGUAUUUACAUAAUAAAAGGUACGGACUUACAUCCAAUGGACUUAAACGGAAAAGCUGAUCCCUACGUUGUGCUCCAAUUGGGUAAUAAGAGAAUAUCGGACAAAGAGAACUACGUUAGCAAACAACUGAAUCCGAUAUUUGGAAAGUGUUUUGAAGUGGAGGCCAUCUUUCCGCAAGAUUCCAUGCUUACGGUGCAAAUAUUGGACUGGGAUUUGGUUGGAUCUGAUGAUCUGAUUGGCGAAACAAGAAUCGAUUUAGAAAACCGCUAUUAUAGCAAGCAUCGCGCCACCUGCGGUAUUGCGCUAAGAUAUGAAGUAUGUGGAUACAACCAGUGGCGCGAUCCCAUGAAACCCACACAGAUACUCUCGAAGCUGUGCAAAGAAAGCAAAUUAGACACGCCACAUUAUUUUCAAGAUCGUGUGGCAAUCGGUAAAUAUUGCAUGACCUUUUCUGAUGAAGAAGUAAUAGCGUGGAAUGGACCGACAACAUGUCGUAACCGUGAUGAACACCUAGCGCUUGCAGUGCUGCACAGAUGGAGUGAAAUACCCAAAGUGGGUUGCAAGAUUGUACCCGAGCAUAUAGAAUCACGACCACUAUACAAUCCCGAGAAGCCUGGUAUUGAACAGGGUAAGAUCGAAAUGUGGGUCGACAUGUUUCCCAUGGAUAUGCCCUUACCAGGUCCGCCAGUGGAUAUAUCACCGCGUAAGCCAAAGGAGUACGAAUUGCGCGUUGUGAUAUGGAACACGGAUGAUGUUGUGCUGGAAGAUGAUGCUUUCUUCACUGGCGAAAAAAUGUCAGAUAUUUAUGUUAAAGGUUGGCUUACGGGACCGCAAGAUAUGCAGUCGACAGAUAUACACUACCGCUCACUCACUGGUGAGGGUAAUUUCAAUUGGCGUUUCAUCUUUCCAUUCGAGUAUUUGGCAGCAGAAGAACGCAUUGUGCUCUCCAGGCGCGAGUCACUAUUCAGUUGGGACGAAACAGAAGUUAAAAUACCUGCGCGUCUCGAACUACAAGUAUGGGAUGCGGACCACUUUUCAGCUGAUGAUUUCCUCGGUGCAAUUUCAUUUAAUCUGAACCGCUUUCCACGGGGCGCUAAAACCUCCAAACUCUGCACACUCGACAUGCUUAAGUCGGAUACUGCUUUGCCCACCGUGAAUAUCUUCAAACAAAAACGUGUGCGUGGCUGGUGGCCAUUUUAUGUGAAGAAGCAGAAUGAAGAAAUGGAGCUUACCGGCAAGGUGGAAGCAGAGUUCCAUUUACUUACAAAAGAGGAGGCUGAACAGAAUCCUGCCGGUUAUGGACGUAGUGAGCCGGAUCCACUAGAGAAACCAAACCGCCCUGAUGCUUCGUUCAUGUGGUUCCUAAAUCCACUCAAGUCUAUACGCUACAUUGUCUGGCACAACUACAAAUGGGCUAUACUAAAAGCACUGCUCAUAUGUGCUAUUUUCUUAUUCUUAAUUCUCUUCGUUUAUUCAGUGCCUGGAUAUUCGGUCAAGCGGUUGUUGGGCGCCUAAAGACAAACGGUGUAUCUUUCACAAAUUUCUAAAUUGUUAAGACUACAUCUAUCCUUAUGUAGGUCAAAAAGUUUAUAUUCCAAGCCAUAUAUGCUAAAUUUAGGUUAUGUGAAACUGUAAGAGCGUAAAAUGUCAGUAGGAAGCAAGAGAGUCAAGAUAGUUUUUGUGUUGUGGAAAUUGAGUCAUCCAAGAAUACGAGAAUGAUAGACGCAAGAUUGCGAUACACUACGUCAUAACUAAUGUAAACCGUCUAACUUUCAUGGUAAUCGUGAACAAAGCUUCCUCUCCUUCCAAUUAUAAAACUGUAAUGUCUAUUUGUAUCACUCUUGACGAAAUCUGAAGUUAUUCUUUUUUUUGGUUUAUAGACAUGCUAAGCAAUUAUAUGUUCGCUAUUUUUUUAUCGGAUGUUCGGAAUUUUCGCAUUCGAGCAGAAUUAUACUCUAGAAUUUAGAAAAUUCUUCUUUAGAGAAAAACCGUAUUUCCAAAAAAAUAUUAAAUUAUUUUGAAGGAUUUGCUAACCAUAUAUAAAACCAUAAUAAAAUUCAUUCAGUGCAUAAUUUUCAAUAUAUAUAGGAACAAAAACUGGUAACCAUGAGAUAAUUUAAAUGGUUCCAACAACCAUUUUAUCGAAUACUACUUUAAGUUCCAUAAAAAUCAAAACUUUUAAAAGGAAAAGUGUCUAAUAAAAAGUGCUCAUGCAGCAAUGGUACGCUGUACCUGAUUUUACUUGUAGUGUCAAUCAUAUCAGUAAAAGUAGUUAGAAUAAAUCGCAGAAUGACUUAUGAAUAAUGACUGUUUCAGGGGUUUUUGAUAAGUGUGAUGAACAGCAUGUACAAAGAGUUAGCAAAUUUUGAGGGAUAUUCUAUAUUUUGAGAAGCAUUUGUACGCAAUGAGGGAGCGGGAUCUCGAGUAUGUGCGGUAGCGCGACAAAUCGGUUAAGGUAGUAAAAACGAAAACUCAAAUCAUAACUUAGCGUGUUGUAUUUACGAAUUUUACAGCAACUUGCAACAAUGUACCCUAAAACAAUCAUAUUUACAAACACAAAUACGUACUACUUACACACUUGUGCUCGUUUUACGAAAUAUUUUAAUAAUAACACUUAAAAACA